GACUGCUCCACAUUCAAACGCAGCAUCUGUUCUCCAGAUACUCGCCCGCAAGUUCUCCACGCUCUGGAGACUGGAAGAUCUUCUUCCGUAUUCAUAAUUUCACGCUGCGCAGUAAACUGUGUGAUAUUUUGUUUUAUUUAACGUUCUGGACCUAGGAUACAGCUUUCCCCAAUUUGAUUAUAGUAGAAAUGUUGUGUUAUUGUUGCAGUACGGCUGCCACGACACAAAAGAUAGAGUUGACGUUUUGCUCGGAGGAUACUCGUACUGCAGAUCUUUAUCUCUUCUUGCUUCUUGAUAUUUUCCAUAACAAACUGCAGCUUUGGAUUUGCGCCUUCUGGAGACGUUACGCAUGGUGAUGACUGUGCUAUGGUGUGGAUAAUAACCACGUCCUGAUCGAAUGAAGCAAGAAAUGGCAGCGUCCCUUUCCGAGGAGCAGAUCAUUGAUAAAGUGCGCACUUGUUACCAGAGUUUGUUGGCACUGCAUGGCGAGCAUAAAAAUGUCCUGGAGGGUAUGGAAACCACACUUACCGCGAUCAAGCUGGAUGGCGGAAACCAUGUUAUCGAGGAGAAAGCGAAAGUUGUCAAAAGCGGCCUGCAGCAGCUUGAUUCGGGAAUUCAAGACGCGCAGUUUCUGGUGGAGCUAAAGAAGUACAUCGACUUACUGGAGGCUGAAAAAGCGAAAUUUCGGGCGCAAGUCAAACGACUUGUUCAAGAAAAUGCUUGGCUACGGGAGGAAUUAGCCUCAACACAAAAGAAACUCCAGAAUAGUGAACAAAAUGUUGCCCAGCUGGAGUCAGAGAAACAGCAUCUCGAAUUUAUGAACCAGUUGAAGAAGUACGAUGUUGGCGAUUCGAGUGAUCAGCAGAUACCACUGGAGAAGGUCCCCAUUGAUGCAGCUGCCGAUUUGGGAUUUCCUGAUGAUUCGGAAGAGAAUGCUCACAUGCUAGCAUCGACUCCGUCUAGUCAAAUGGCCGCCUCUGCGAAUUCUGGUUAUGAAAUCCCUGCCCGCUUACGGACCUUGCAUAAUUUGGUUAUUCAGUAUGCGCAACAGGGCCGCUAUGAAGUGGCUGUACCGCUGUGUAAACAGGCACUUGAGGAUCUGGAGAAGACCAGUGGCCGUAAUCAUCCGGAUGUCGCCACUAUGUUGAAUAUUCUCGCCCUGGUUUAUCGUGAUCAGAAUAAAUAUAAAGAAGCAGCGCAUCUCCUGAACGAUGCGCUGCAGAUCAGGAAAAAUACCUUGGGGCCGGAGCACCCAGCGGUUGCUGCUACUUUGAAUAAUUUAGCUGUUUUACAUGGAAAGCGAGGGAAAUAUAAAGAAGCCGAACCUCUUUGCAAGGAAGCUUUGGAAAUUAGAGAAAAGGUUUUUGGCAAAGAUCAUCCGGACGUUGCUAAACAGCUGAACAACUUAGCACUUCUGUGUCAAAACCAAAAUAAAUUUGAUGAAGUUGAGCGCUAUUACAAGCGAGCCCUUCAGAUUUAUGAAAGUAAAUAUGGACCUGAUGAUCCGAAUGUUGCUAAGACGAAAAAUCACCUGGCUUCCGCAUAUCUCAAACAAGGAAAGUAUAAAGAAGCGGAAGUUAUAUACAAAGAAAUCCUUAACCGGGUACAUGAACGAGAGUUCGGCGCUUCCACACCGGACAACAAACCCAUCUGGCAAGUUGCCGAAGAGCGCGAAGAAAAGGGUGGAAUGCGAUCCGCUCCAGUUUAUGGUGAUCUCAGUUGGCAAAAGUUUUCCAAGUCCGAAAGCGCAACUGUCUUACCGGCUUUGCGGAGUCUGGCAGCUAUCUACAGAAAAACUGGCAGGCCAGAUGCCGCUUUGACUUUAGAGAACUUGCUUCCGCCUCAAAGACGAGAGGGGGGCGAAAGCAGCGCUACUAAUCGAUUAAGUCAGAUAACGGACAAUGGUCAAGAUGGUGGCGGAUACACGGGAGGCGAUGAGAUAACGCCUCCCGAUUCCCGGCGCUCAUCCAUAUUUUCAGCCGCUUCCGUAACAACGCGUACGGGACCUAGUUUGAAAAGUAAAUUUUUAAAUGCUUUUGGCCUUCAUUAAAGAUUAACAGAUGAAAAUGGAUAGAUUUAGCCGUGUAUAGAGAAUUGCUGAUUAAAUUGUUGUUCACUUCUGCUGUCUUUCCGCAUACGCGGCCUUGUUUCCAGAAUUUUAUCCUUAUUGUUCAACUGUACGUUACCGUUCCACGGAAGUGCAUGAUUUAUUCUGUUUUGGUCCUUGGAAAAUUGGUUGCUGAUUUGAAUGCUGUAUAAGUUUAUUUAUUUGUAAAUUUUGUGUUUUUUAUACAGUUAUUAUGUGCUGUGAGUUUGUGUCGUUUGGUUGUUGUUUUAAUAACAUCGGACGAUUCUGAGCACCACGCAUUCUCUUUGUAAUUGCACCAACAGCAAACGGGAUUCGUUGUUACCUUUUCCAAGCUCUCAGGUUCUAUUUUUAUUUUGUUUAUCGUAAUUUGUAUAUCAGCAACUGUAGUCCAAUAAGCACAUGAAGGAUUUUCUUUUUUACUGUUUGUGUGUACGAUUAAACUGUAAAAGGGUUGAGUUUCGCUCAUGUUUUUCUGAAUUUUCACCGUUAGCCGGAUUAAGCGCUGCACGAUGAGACAACAUAUUUUCAAGUGUAUUUAUGACCGAAAGCUAACCUUUUUUAUGUUGCAAAGCAGCGUUUAUACUUUAUACUUUCUGUUUUGAAUUUAAUGCAUUUUGGUUAAUAACAGUAAGUAAUGCGUUGCUGAAACGUUCACUGGUUCAUUUCAGUGUAGAUUUUUUUUGUGGAUGAACGAAAAUUAUGCAGUAAGAAAAUUUUCGGCAACGUGUUGGCAACAAAGGCGGGGUUAUAUGUUAACGUUUAGUCAGAUACAGUUUAAUCACGGCGUCAGUGUAAAUGUAAAGUAACUGCAGAUUAUAAUUUACACAA